AUGGUGCAGUCCCGGAAGAUCGUGUGCACAAAGCUGUCGACGGACUUUCGUGCGUGCACGGCCAUCGUGGCGUUCCAAGUGCCGGCGCUCAAGCCCAGCGACGUCCUCGUGCAGGUCAAGUACUGCGGCAUCAAUGCGUCCGACAUCAACUACACGAACGGCGCCUACUUUUUGUCCGGCGUCGAGCCGCCUUUUGCCUGUGGUUUUGAGGCCUUGGGCACGGUCCUGGACGUCGGACCGGGUGUGAAAAAGCUCCAGAAAGACGACGCGGUCGUUUUCGCCUCGGCUGGCGCCUUUGCUGAGCACUUGGUAACCCAAGAGAGCCGUCUCAUCAAGGUCCCUGCUGCUGUGCCCGAGGUCCUGCCAACGGUCCUGUGUGGCCUCACGGCGUCCAUAGCACUCGACCACGUGGGUGGGAUGACGCAUGGGGAGACGGUGAUGGUCACCGCGGCAGCUGGAGCCACGGGUCAAGUUGCUGUGCAGCUGGCGAAACUAGCUGGGAACCACGUGAUUGGCACGUGCAGCUCGCCCGAGAAGGUGGCGUACCUGCGCUCGAUCGGCUGCGACCGUCCCAUCAACUACCGUGAAGAGAAGGUGCAUGACGUGCUCCAGAAGGAGUACCCGCGUGGUGUCGACCUUGUGUUCGAGAGCGUGGGCGGAGAGAUGUUUGAGACGUGCGUCGACAACAUUGCGCGUAAGGGUCGCAUCAUUGUCGUUGGAGCGAUUGCGGGCUACCAGGACUCGAGCACGUGGAAGCACAAGGCCAGCGAGACCACGAUGCCGCUGCCGUCGAAACUACUGACCAAGGCCGCUUCCGUGCGCGGGUUCUUGUACACCGACUACAGCAGUGAGGCGCCCGCGCAUACGAAGAAGCUCACGACACUGGCGCAGCGUGGUGUGCUGACUGCGGGCGUGGACCCGUCCAAGUUUUACGGACUGGAAGGCAUUCCAGAUGCCAUUGACUAUAUGUACGAGCGCAAGAACAUUGGCAAGAUCGUCGUGAACCUCACGAAAGGCUCUGCGAAGCUGUAA